CGCCUGAGCACAGACUGCGCGAAACACUCGCGAGCGGCGCGCGCGCACAACCCCGACACGAACGACUCUCGCGACGGUAUACGUUACAUGGCAAAGCGUUAAUAUAAUUAUGUGAUAAAUUUUAUUUUUAAUUUAAAAUAUUUAAUCGUUACAAUUUUAAGAAUCUCGUAUAUUAAGGAAAGUUUUAAAAUAGUUUUUUACUUUGCGACACAGUGCUAAACAAAAUGACUAUCAAAAAUAAAAAGACUAAACAAUCAAAAGCGUCCGAAGUAACCACAUCGAGCAGUGCUUCGAGCAGUGUCCAGAAGAGUAGCACGUCCACCGUGCAGAAGAGCAGCAAUACGCUGCAAAAGGUCAGCUCGACAGGUAAAAAGAUUCGCUACAUCGAUGUAAAGGUCGAGGAGGACGACCCGCUUAUGAUUACCGAUGUAACAGAUCACGCUUCUAUUACCGGCUCCACAAUAUCCGAGCACUACAAUAGCCAUCCGCAUUAUAUCAUAACGGAAGCGCCCUCGGUGACUGAUUUAUCUCAGAUAAGAUCGCACGAGCAUAACAUAAGUGACAUGGCUCAGUCCACCACCGGCGAGUUCGUUUCUAAUUCCGUACUGCAAGAGUCCUCCUCUGUGCACCAGCAGAGCUCAAAGAGUGAGACAAUUCAAUCUUCAUCUUCUUCGGUACAACAUUCUAAUUCGAGUCACAGUCAGACAUUUGACAGAACCGUAGACUCCUCUGUUGAGAAUCAGACCCUGAACACUGCUUUUAUCGACAGCACUGCGCACGAAGCUACAGGAUCCAAUACCUACACCAGAAGACCCCAGGGCGCGAAUGCAACUAAUUCGUUGAUCCAAUCGGAACGUGAAAAUGCAACCAACACACAAUCUACACAACAAUCGUUUAUAUCUCGACGCGAUAUGAAAGACAAUUUCUCAAAAAUAACUGAUAAGAAAUUCGUUAACCAACGCGAGAAGGACAGGUAUCAUUCGCCUGACGGCUCGAAGAGAAGUCAGACCGUUAAGUCGGAUUCUAGAAACUUUUACGGAGCAGAAGGAACAUUAGAUCGGAAUAAUAAAACUACCGAAUUCACUUCAACAAAUCAGACAAGUGAAAAUAAAAGUAGCAGUGUAACAAAAUCGUCUUCUUCAUCGUACGUCGUUGAAAUUGUUGACGGAAAAGAACGAAUUAUUGACAGUUCGAAAAGAGAGUGGGGCGAUGCUAAAGAGCAUUCAUCGAAAGAAGCUUAUGCAAGUGUAAGUGGGACCAAUGUUACUCCUCAAUCCGUUCACAGCCAACAAAACUAUGAUAUGAAAUCUAAAUAUGACACCGGAAAGAAUGGUGAUCAACCUAAAAGUGAAAUGACUAUUAGAGAGGACUCUAGACUCGUCAAAGAUGGAACGCAAAUAUCUUCACACCAGAAUGUUAUUUCGCAUAAGGACAAUCUCCAACAGAUUAAGUCAACUCAAGACCAAAUGUUGACCCGUGACAAUAUGCAGCACACUAACAUGGCGUCACAUCAGCAGGACAAUCUUCGACAGAUUAAAUCAACGGAAGACCAAAUGUCGACACGUGACAAUGUGCAACACACUAACACGUCCCAUCACCAGGAAAAUCUCCAACAUAUUAAAUCAACUCAAGACCAGCUGUCGACCCGAGACAAUGUGCACCACACAACUACGAAGUCGGACGUAUCUAACACUAUGCAAAGCAACACAAAUAUCGUAGAAAGCAGCACAACCAGUAAUGAAACUACCAGUUUGCAAAGACGCAAUCAAAACACCAGGACAGAUUCAUCAAACUUCUAUGGCUAUGAUACAACAAUCCAAAAUGAACUCAGAAAAGUAGGAGAUAUUUUAGAUGUGCGAGAUACAGAUAGUAUAAAUUUUUCAACGAAAAUUCUAAAAAGUAACACCAGUAGCGCUCAACAAGCAUCGACAUCAUCGUAUGUGUUAGAAGUAGUCGAUGGAAAGCAAAGAGUUGUCGAUAGCUCACACAGAGAAUGGGGAGAUAGUAAGGAACUUUCAACCCAUGAAAAAAGCCAUCACGUCAGUGGCCCUGGGAUAAAAUCGGAACAUGAAUAUACUAGGCAUGUGUUAGAUAAAGAAUCUUACUAUGAUACCGGCAAAGAUGGUAUACCCAAAAGUGCAACCCAUGUUGCAGAAGAAUCUGCUUUGUAUAGAGAUGGCAAAGAAAUUGCUUCCACUAGAAAUGUAUAUUCUGGAGAUUUUACAAAGAAACCUGCUAUCACAGAACCGCCUUCAAGUGGAGUUGAUGAUCAAGGUAGAAUCAUAAGGGAUUCGACGGACAAGACUGUGUAUUCUGAUAUUCAAGAAACAACAUCAACAGACAGAAAAACUGACAAACGUGAUGUUAAAGAUGUAACUAAAACAACGGAGUUUAUCACAAAAGAACAGCAAAACCUUAGUAAGGAAAGCACUUCAAAAAGCACUUCAGAGACUAAAGACACUCUCACUACCUAUGAGAGAAGCACGGGAACAUGGAAUGGAAAGUUUGUCUAUGAGACCGGUGAUGACAGACCUAAAAGACCUAAAGAUAUGUCACCUUUUGGUCAACCGGAGCAACCACGUCAUCAUCUGAAGCGACAGGACACACAUGACAACAUAAUAUUGACAUCAAAAGAUAUUAAAGACUUUACAUCUAUUAGUGACCUUCGGAAAAUUAUCGAGACCUCAUCUUCGAACAAAGAUGUUACAGUGAGUAACAAAAACAUUGUGAUAAGAAGAAAUAUUGACGAUAGAGUAUUGAAAGACAUUAUCGAAACCGUGAAGAAGUAUCCUUUCAAGAGAAUCGACAAAGUGACUUUUGGUACAAAAAUAAACGAGGACGUUAAAGAUCUUUAUGAAGGUGUAGACACGGAGCAAAUAAAUGUAAUAAAGACAACUAACUCUGAUUUAAUUAAAAAAUCAUACGAAAUUGAUAAAACCAGAAGCCAAGUAGAAGUGACGCGUUAUAUAACCGAAAAUGGUGUUACAAGGAAAGUAACGACUUACGAAGAUGCUAAAGAGGAUGAGAAAGUGAAAACCAAUGUUUUUGUAGACAAUAGCGAGUUAGACAUCAAAAACUUGAAGGAUGUCCGCACAGUUCGAGAUGUACGGGAGUACGACGUCGUAGAUCAUGCGAUCACCGACACCACGAGACAGGACAUCGUCACCACCGUUUACGACGAGACCAUCAUUGAUGACAGGAAAACGGUGCGCGACGACAGGACUGUUGUUGAGAAGACCGUCUACAUUGACGAGACUAGGCCCAAACACGGCGGCCCUAAGAAACCAGAGAAACCUGUUAUUAAGGAGCAGUGCAUCUGCGAAAUCUGUACUUGUGGGCGUCACCGUUGCCCACACAACGAUGUCCCGGAGCCAUUGUUCGAUGUGGAGCACACGACGAGCGUGGUUUCCGCAUACAAACAAGAUUACGACGAGAAACAUGUAAGCCGGACUACUGCCGUUCAUCAUGAAGACCAUCUCCGUCUUGAAGGGGACUUUCAAGAACCGGAGCGGCCUCGCUGGCAGCCUAUUGAACGACCGAAACCUACAAAGCCAGAGGAUAACCUUAAACCUGAAGGAGAAUUCGAGAGACGGCGUCCAGAAGAAUGGAAACCAGGUGAGAGGGCACCCGUUAGACGCCCAGAAGACAAUUUAAAACCAGAAGGAGAUUUUGAAAGACGGGAGCCCAAAGAAUGGCAACCUGGCGAUCGUGCUCCAAUUCGUCGACCUGAAGAUAACUUGAAGCCUGAGGGAGAAUUCGACACUCCCACAAAAGAGCCAUGGAAACCUGCUGAAAGGCAAAAACCGAGAAAGCCAGAGGAUAAUUUACGGCCAGAAGGCGAUUUUGAAAAGCGUCAACCUGAAGAUUGGCGUCCCGGUGAAAGAGCUCCUGUGCGACGUCCCGAAGAUAACUUGAAACCUGAGGGUGAUUUCGAAAACAGAAGGCCGCAGGAAUGGGCACCUGGUGAUAGAGCUCCUGUGCGUCGUCCCGAAGACAACCUAAAACCUGAAGGUGAGUUUGAGAAAAGAAGACCAGAAGAAUGGCGUCCGGGAGAUAGGGCUCCGAUACGUCGUCCCAAUGACAAUCUCAGGCCAGAAGGUGAUUUUAAUACACCUGAAAAGGAGUCUUGGCGACCAGCAGAGCGUCCUACGCCUAAGAAACCUGUUGACAAUCUAAGACCUGAAGGUGAAUUUGAAAGACGUCAACCAGAUGAUUGGCGCCCUGGUGACCGCGCACCAAUACGUCGUCCCGAAGAUAAUCUUUAUCCAGAAGGAGACUUUGAAAAACGAAGACCUGAAGAAUGGCAUCCCGGAGAUAGGGCACCCGUUCGUCGACCGGAUGACAACUUGAGGCCAGAAGGAGAAUUUAUGACCCCAGAAAAACAACCUUGGAGACCAGCAGAAAGACAAAAACCUAGAAAACCGGAAGAUAAUUUGAAACCAGAGGGAGAUUUUGAGAAAAGGAAACCCGAAGAAUGGUACCCAGGUGACAGAGAACCUGUUCGGCGUCCAAAAGACAACCUUAAACCUGAAGGAGAAUUUGAAAAGAGGAAACCCGAGGAAUGGCAACCGGGAGAUAGGGCACCAGUGCGACGCCCGCAUGAUAAUCUUAAACCCGAGGGAGAUUUCGAAACACCCGAGAAAGAACCAUGGCGACCAGCAGAAAGGCAAAAACCUAAAAAACCAGAAGAUAAUUUGAAACCAGAGGGAGAUUUCGAAAAAAGGAAACCGGAGGAAUGGUAUCCAGGAGACAGAGAACCAGUUCGGCGUCCAAAAGACAACCUUAAACCUGAGGGAGAUUUUGAAAAACGUAAACCCGAAGAGUGGCGUCCUGGUGCAAGAGAACCAGUGCGAAGACCUGAAGACAAUCUAAAGCCAGAGGGUGAGUUUACAACACCCAAAAAAGAUGAAUGGAAACCCGCCGAAAGACCAGUACAAAAGAAACCCACAGAUAAUCUUAAGCCUGAAGGAGAAUUCACAAAACGUCAACCAGAAGAAUUUGUACCAGCCGAAAAAUCUAUUGUUAAAAAACCGAAAGAUAAUUUACAUCCCGAAGGCGAAUUUACUACUAGGAGAACGAUAGAAGACGAUUAUAAAGUAGUUACUGGAGAAAGGGCUGAAAUUAUAAGACGUACGGACAAUAUCAUAAUAGAAGGUGAAUUUACAGAUACCACCACAUCGAGAACAGAGUAUACUGUGAAACCAGUUGAAAGACCAAAACCGGUGCGGCGAAACACUUGGACUAAAAUAGAAGGAGACAUGACAACCGAAACUACUUCAAAAUCUGAAUUUAUAGACCACACUGAUACUGUUGAGAGAACUACCUUGGUUACUCGAAAAACAGACAAUUUAAUAAGAGAAGGUGAAAUAGAAUUUAUAACUUCAAACCAAAAUGAUUACACUGAAAAGAAUGCUAUUAUUGAACGUCCUCAUCGUCGUCGUACAUGGACAAAAGAAGAUUUUGAAAAGUUUUAUUCUACCGAAAAUAUAGAAACAGUUACGACAUCACAAGAAGAAUAUAAAACCUAUGAGACAAUUGAUGUCAGACGAAAGAAAAUUAAACCUAGCGAUAACUUAAAACCAGAGGGCGAUUUUGAAACACCACAAAUAGACGAAUGGCGUCCUGCAGAAAGGCAAAAACCCAAAAAGCCACAAGAUAAUCUGAAGCCAGAAGGUGACUUUACGACUCCUAAAAAAGAUGAGUGGAAACCCUCCGAACGUCCAACUCAAAAGAAACCUCAAGACAACUUAAAACCCGAGGGCGACUUUGAGCAACCUAAGCAUGAAGAGUGGCGUCCAGCAGAGAGGCAAACGCCGAAGAAGCCACUAGAUAAUUUAAGACCUGAAGGUGAUUUUACGACUCCCGAAAAGGUCCAAUGGAGACCUGCUGAACGCCCGACGCAAAAGCGACCUAAAGAUAAUUUAAAACCCGAAGGUCAAUUUGAACAACCUAAACAUGAUGAGUGGCGUCCAGCCGACAGACCAACUGCUAAAAAACCAGAGGACAACUUGCGGCCUGAAGGUGAAUUCACAACUCCUGAGAAAGAUCAAUGGCGACCUGCUGAGCGCCCCACGCAAAAGAGACCUAAGGAUAAUUUGAAACCAGAAGGAGAAUUCGAGCAACCUAAACAUGAUGAGUGGCGUCCAGCCGACAGACCAACUGCUAAAAAACCAGAGGACAACUUGCGACCUGAAGGUGAAUUCACAACUCCUGAGAAGGAUCAAUGGCGACCUGCUGAGCGUCCCACGCAAAAGAGACCUAAGGAUAAUUUGAAACCAGAAGGAGAAUUCGAACAACCUAAACAUGAUGAGUGGCGUCCAGCCGAUAGACCAACUGCUAAAAAACCAGAGGACAACUUGCGGCCUGAAGGUGAAUUCACAACUCCUGAGAAAGAUCAGUGGCGACCUGCUGAGCGCCCCACGCAAAAGAGACCUAAGGAUAAUUUGAAACCAGAAGGAGAAUUCGAACAACCUAAACAUGAUGAGUGGCGUCCAGCCGACAGACCAACUGCUAAAAAACCAGAGGACAACUUGCGGCCUGAAGGUGAUUUCACAACUCCUGAGAAAGAUCAGUGGCGACCUGCUGAGCGCCCCACGCAAAAGAGACCUAAGGAUAAUUUGAAACCAGAAGGAGAAUUCGAACAACCUAAACAUGAUGAGUGGCGUCCAGCCGACAGACCAACUGCUAAAAAACCAGAGGACAACUUGCGACCUGAAGGUGAAUUCACAACUCCUGAGAAGGAUCAAUGGCGACCUGCUGAGCGUCCCACGCAAAAGAGACCUAAGGAUAAUUUGAAACCAGAAGGAGAAUUUGAGCAACCUAAACAUGAUAAGUGGCGUCCAGCCGACAGACCAACUGCUAAAAAACCAGAGGACAACUUGCGGCCUGAAGGUGAAUUCACAACUCCUGAGAAAGAUCAGUGGCGACCUGCUGAGCGCCCCACGCAAAAGAGGCCUAAGGAUAAUUUGAAACCAGAAGGUGAAUUUGAGCAACCUAAACAUGAUGAGUGGCGCCCAGCCGACAGACCAACUGCUAAAAAACCAGAGGACAACUUGCGGCCUGAAGGUGAAUUCACAACUCCUGAGAAAGAUCAAUGGCGACCUGCUGAGCGCCCCACGCAAAAGAGACCUAAGGAUAAUUUGAAACCAGAAGGAGAAUUUGAGCAACCUAAACAUGACGAGUGGCGUCCUGCUGACAGACCAACUGCUAAAAAACCAGAGGAUAAUUUGCGGCCUGAAGGUGAAUUCACAACUCCUGAGAAAGAUCAAUGGCGACCUGCCGAGCGUCCCACGCAAAAGAGACCAAAGGAUAAUUUGAAACCAGAAGGUGAAUUUGAACAACCUAAACAUGAUGAGUGGCGCCCAGCCGACAGACCAACUGCUAAAAAACCAGAGGACAACUUGCGGCCUGAAGGUGAAUUCACAACUCCUGAGAAAGAUCAGUGGCGACCUGCUGAGCGCCCCACGCAAAAGAGACCUAAGGAUAAUUUGAAACCAGAAGGAGAAUUUGAGCAACCUAAACAUGACGAGUGGCGUCCAGCUGACAGACCAACUGCUAAAAAACCAGAGGAUAAUUUGCGGCCUGAAGGUGAAUUCACAACUCCUGAGAAAGAUCAAUGGCGACCUGCCGAGCGUCCCACGCAAAAGAGACCAAAGGAUAAUUUGAAACCCGAAGGUGAAUUUGAACAACCUAAACAUGAUGAGUGGCGCCCAGCCGACAGACCAACUGCUAAAAAACCAGAGGACAACUUGCGACCUGAAGGUGAAUUCACAACUCCUGAGAAGGAUCAAUGGCGACCUGCUGAGCGUCCCACGCAAAAGAGACCUAAGGAUAAUUUGAAACCAGAAGGAGAAUUUGAGCAACCUAAACAUGAUAAGUGGCGUCCAGCCGACAGACCAACUGCUAAAAAACCAGAGGACAACUUGCGGCCUGAAGGUGAAUUCACAACUCCUGAGAAAGAUCAGUGGCGACCUGCUGAGCGCCCCACGCAAAAGAGACCUAAGGAUAAUUUGAAACCAGAAGGAGAAUUUGAGCAACCUAAACAUGAUGAGUGGCGACCUGCCGAGCGUCCCACGCAAAAGAGACCAAAGGAUAAUUUGAAACCCGAAGGUGAAUUUGAACAACCUAAACAGGAUGAAUGGCGUCCAGCUGAUAGACAAACACCGAAAAAGCCUCAAGAUAAUUUAAGACCCGAAGGUGAAUUUACAACACCCGAAAAAGACCAAUGGAGACCUGCUGAACGCCCGACGCAAAAAAGACCUAAAGAUAAUUUGAAACCAGAAGGAGAAUUUGAGCAACCCAAACAUGAUGAGUGGCGUCCAGCCGAAAGGCCAACUGCCAAAAAACCAGAAGACAACUUACGGCCUGAAGGCGAAUUCACGACACCUGAAAAGGAUCAUUGGAGACCCGCGGAACGCCCAACGCAAAAGAGACCUAAGGAUAAUUUGAAACCAGAAGGAGAAUUUGAGCAACCUAAACAAGAUGAGUGGCGCCCUGCUGACAGACCAACUGCUAAAAAACCAGAAGAUAACUUGCGGCCUGAAGGUGAAUUCACAACUCCCGAGAAAGACCAAUGGCGACCUGCUGAGCGUCCAACACAAAAGAGACCUAAGGAUAAUUUGAAACCCGAAGGUGAAUUUGAACAACCUAAACAGGAUGAAUGGCGUCCAGCUGAUAGACAAGCACCGAAAAAGCCUCAAGAUAAUUUAAAACCCGAAGGCGAAUUCUCAACACCCGAAAAAGACCAAUGGAGACCUGCUGAACGACCAAUACAAAAGAGACCCAAGGAUAAUUUGAAACCAGAGGGUGAUUUCGAAAAGCCAAAGCAUGAUGAAUGGCAUCCUGCAGACAGACAAAAGCCUACUAAACCUAAAGAUAACUUACGACCAGAAGGGGAGUUUACAACCCCUGACAAGGACCACUGGCAACCUGCAGAGCGUCCAAUUCAAAAGAAGCCAAAAGAUAACCUUAAACCUGAAGGAGACUUUGAACAGCCUAAACAUGAGGAAUGGCGUCCAGCUGAAAGACCUAUACAAAAGAAACCCAAAGACAAUCUUAAGCCAGAAGGUGAGUUUGAACAACCGAAGCAAGAUAAAUGGCGUCCAGCAGAGCGCCCCACCCAAAAGAAACCUAAAGAUAAUCUUAGGCCUGAAGGGGACUUUGAACAACCUAAGCAAGAUAAAUGGAAACCUGCUGAAAGACAAACCGCCAAGAAACCAAACGAUAACUUAAAACCAGAAGGUGAUUUUACUACUCCUGACAAAGAUCAUUGGCAGCCUGCUGAACGACCAGUUCAAAAGAAACCCAAAGAUAACUUGAAACCAGAAGGUGAUAUGGAGAUAAUUCGUAGAACUGAUUAUUCAGUGACACGAGGAGAUCGAGUCGACGUAGUAAAACAUGAGGAUCACUUGAAAAUGGAGGGUAAAAUUGAUAUCUAUCGUUCACGGGACGAUUAUAAGCGUAUAGAAAAGACUGAGAAAGUUGUGAUACAAAAACAUGAAGAUAAUUUAAAAACUGAAGGUGAGUUUAUUGAUCUUCAUACUCGUGAUGACUACCGUGCUACUAAAGGUGACAGAGCACCUGUGGUUAAGCCACAAGAUAAUCUGAAACCGGAUGGUAAAUUUUAUACGCCUGAAGCAAUUCCAUCACAACCUGCAGAAAAACGUAAACCGUUUAAGCACGUUGACAACAUUACUAUUGAUAGGGAUGUCAGGCAGAAUGUUGAACGAGUCGAUAUUAUAAGAAGAGAAGAUAAUUUAAAAAUUGAAGGAGAAUUUAUUGAUAUGAAACACAGAAAUGAUUACAAGGUGGUUACAGGAGAAAAAACUGCAAUUGUUAAACAUGAAGACAAUCUUAAAAUGGAAGGGAAAAUGGAAAACAUUAGAUCUUCUGAUACUUACAGAUUAGUAAAGGGUCAAAGAGUAAAAUUAACGCGUAGAGAAGAUAAUCUUAAAAUAGAAGGAGUUUUCGAAGACUAUGCGAGACGAGAUGAAAAAGAUAUAAGGAAAACAGAUAAGAAGGCUAUUGUUUAUUAUUCUGAUAAGCCUAAAGAACAGUAUGAUGAUAUUGGUAAACCACAUGAUAGUAAUUACACACGCAUUAAACAUACAGAAUAUACAGAAGAAGAUUUGAAAAAUGAUAGUACGUAUAGGACCACACGAAUCGUUGAAGAUAAAGUCCAUUCUAAGCAGCUUGAAACAGACGAGAGGAAACCAGACGGAAGAUAUCCAAGAGAAGGUCAAGUAAGACCAGUCUCACCUGAUCGUACAAAAGAUAAUCGUCAUCCGAAUAAAGAAUUUCCAGAGGAGCAUAAAACUGGAGUCUACGAUAGAAAUUCGCCUUCUCAACAUCGUUCACAAGAUAAACUUCAUCCCGAGGGUAAGUACCCCGAUAGACAGAAAACUCACUGGCAGCCAGGUGACAGACCAGAACAGGUCAGACCUAAAGAUAAUCUUCGUCCUGAAGGCCAGUUUCAGGAACGACCUAAAUCACAAUGGCAGCCAGGUGACCGACCAGAACAGGUUCGGCCUAAAGAUAAUCUUCAUCCUGAAGGCCAAUUUCACCAACAACCUAAAACACAAUGGAAGCCGGGUGACAGACCAGAACAAGUCCGGCCUAAAGAUAAUCUUCAUCCCGAAGGCCAAUUUCACCAACAACCUAAAACACAAUGGCAGCCAAGUGAUAGACCAGAACAAGUCCGGCCUAAAGAUAAUCUUCAUCCUGAAGGCCAAUUUCACGAACGACCUAAAACACAAUGGCAGCCUGGUGAUAGACCAGAACAAGUCCGGCCUAAAGAUAACCUACAUACCGAAGGCCAAUUCCACCAACAACCUAAAACUCAGUGGCAGCCAGGUGAUAGACCAGAUCAGGUCCGGCCUAAAGAUAAUCUUCAUCCCGAAGGCCAAUUUCACCAACAACCUAAAACACAAUGGCAGCCAAGUGAUAGACCAGAACAAGUCCGGCCUAAAGAUAAUCUUCAUCCUGAAGGCCAAUUUCACGAACGACCUAAAACACAAUGGCAGCCUGGCGAUAGACCAGAACAAGUCCGGCCUAAAGAUAACCUACAUCCCGAAGGCCAAUUCCACCAACAACCUAAAACUCAGUGGCAGCCAGGUGAUAGACCAGAUCAGAUCCGGCCUAAAGAUAAUCUUCAUUCCGAAGGUCAAUUCCAUCAACAACCUAAAACCCAGUGGCAGCCAGGUGAUAGACCAGAUCAGGUCCGACCUAAAGAUAAUCUUCAUCCCGAAGGUCAAUUUCACCAACAACCUAAAACACAAUGGCAGCCAGGUGAUAGACCAGAACAGAUCCGGCCUAAAGAUAAUCUUCAUCCUGAAGGCCAAUUUCACGAACGACCUAAAACACAAUGGCAACCUGGGGAAACUCCAUCUCAAGUGCGCCCUAAGGAUAACUUAAAAUCAGAAGGUGACUUUGAUCGUCCAUCAAGACCCAAAUGGGAGCCAGUAGACAAGUCCACGCCUAUAAAAUCAAAGGAUAAUUUAAAAACGGUUAUAGAUAUUGAUAAAUUGCCGAAAACACCGGAAAGGACAGAAAUUCAACCGAAAAAUUCAACCCAAUAUAGUCAAAAAGACACUGCACAUUAUGAUGUUUCAAAGCAAGUUGUAGAUUCAAGUUUGGUCACAAGGACUGAUAAUGCGACAUAUAAUGAAAGUGUAAGGAAAAAUGAAAUAGAAAAGCAAGUAAAACAGUCUAUUUCACAAAAUGUACAAAACGUAACUCAUACUGAACAUUCUACUACAAAACACACUCAUACAGGACAAACUAAACACACGACAAUCAGAAGUCAAGAUGUAACAGAUCGUACCGGCUCGCAAAAUAAUUUAGAUCGGAUAGCUUCCCAUAAAAUAGUUCAAAAUACGAUGAACAAAUCUACCCAAAAUAAUUUAGAACGAGCUGAAAAUAAUAAGACAGAUGUACGAAACAUUAAAAAUGUAUCUUCUACUACAAAGGUAAUUAAACAAAUCAAAGAAAAGAAAUUAAUAGCUGGCAAGUGGGUAACUGUUACACGAAAUGUGGAAACGAACGUGAUAUCAGGAGCGGAUACGGACAACAAUAACACAAAGAGAAUUAAGGAGGAUCGCACCUCGUCUCCGAAUACAUCUCUACACAGUGACACUAAUCAAAGAAUCAACACAUCAGACCGCGUGGACAGUUCGACGCAUUCUCAUCAACGACAGAGCUAUGAUGCGACAGAUGAUCAAACUAAGCGAGUAGUUUCGAGCAAGACACACAUUACGAAAGGAAGCCAAGAGGAACGCCACACGACACACUCGACCGAGCAUUCAGCUUCCGACAGUCACAUAACUCACCGUCAACUGCGAGGUGAUAGCGCACAAAGAAUUAUUUCUUCACAGGAACAUUCCUCUAACCAAAAUCGCGCUUCAUCGGAAAGCCGCAGUCAUGAGAAUUUAAAUACGACACACGUUAUACAUGGAAGCCGAAUUAAUCAGGGCCAGUCGCAAUCGAACCAACAGCAACAGCUCUCCACCGGCACCACCGUGUAUCGUCACGUCGAAGGAGAUAACACUCUCCACGCACAACAAAUUUUGACUUCUGGUCACGUUGCUGCUACUCAACAUCAUAUGAAUUCUCAGCAACAUAUCAAUCAGCAAUCGACUCAACAAAGAGUUAUUGGAACUACAAGUAACGUCAUUACUUCAAGUCAAGUGAACCAAGCGAGAUCAUCACAAGUAAGCACGUCGAGUAGAAAUCAUUUAAGUGAUAGCGUAACAAAAACAAGUAUUGAAUUUCAACGAGCUAUGCACGGCGGCGGCGAUGUUAUCCCGGCGCCGAUAGACAACACAACACGUAGCGGAUACCACAAAAGAACGUCUGACUUAGUCUCGGAUUCAACAAGCGCCAAUGCAGUCUUGCAUCGCAAAGGUGUGUCGUCCACUAACGAAGCCCAACACUCCAUCAGCUCGACCGCAGCUUCUCAGCGUAAGAGCAUCGGAAAUCUCAAUGAACGCGGAGAAUACAUUAGCAACUCUACUCACAGCAGUGACAGAAAAAGUAUUAGUUCGAUGCAUCGCUCCGCACGCGACAGCACAUUUGUUAUUUCACAGCACACUGAUAAUACCGACACUCGUCGUACUCAAAGGCGAGAUGGUCAAUCGACAACGGUCGUGGAGCGACAACCGCGUGUUACCGUCAGAGAUAAUCUUCGUGUCGGGGGUGAGUUCUACGGACAAUCCGAAUCGCGCUACGGUAACUUUUCUCGGACAGAGCAAUCCCAGAGAGCCGAGAGAAGCGAACGCGUGGAACGUGUGGAGAGAGUGGCUCGGCACGGCAACACAUCGCACUUCGUACUUGGGGACGGCAGCAGCAGCUACAAGCGCGAAUUCACGACGCACGUGCAUGGCACCUGCCCUGCCACCACUCUACAGUCGCCUUCCACGCCCUUCAAACACACGCGCGACUCGCGUGAACAUAAGUUUUAUGCCUCAAAAGUAACUCAUUAACUUCUUAAUAUUUAUGUAUCUACUCGAUAUGAGUUAUUAUUGCAUUCCUUAAUCAAUUUUGCUUUUAAAAAUUAUUUAACUAAGACAUAGCUAUUUUCAUUAAUAAAAUGCAAUCUAACAUUGCUAGUCUAUACAUUUUUAUUUAAUACCUUCUAUGUUAUAGCUUAGAGCGCAACAUAAUGUU